AUGGAGUCGAGUCCUUCAUCCGGGCUGGAAGCUGCAGCUGCCGCUGCUAUUGGUGGUAUUUGUAGUCGGUCAGCCGCACCAGUAGAAGUCACGAUGGCCAACAGCUGCAGCAGCCAAGAGCGAUUAGGCGACGAAACCAUGGACUCAUCGUGCACCGGUACCUGUACCGGUGGCUCUGAGGUACACGUCAUCGUGCCCAGAACACCCGAAGAACACCAAGCCUUUCUACAAACACAACGGCAAGUUCAAACUAUAGAAGAAGAAGAAGAAAAAUGUGAAGAACACCAAGAUCUCCAGGCAGCAGUUUCUAGUAGUACUACGAGUACAGACCAUGAAAGUGCCAAGUCCAAGUCGAACCUUAUUCCGCCCAGUAAGCAGCAACCACGAGGCAAGACGCCCGCAAAGCGUGGAUUGCGAAAGAAUGGCAGCUCCGAGUCGGACUCAUCCUCGGCCGAGAUGAUGGUGGUGGUGCCACUCCCGGCCAUGCGUGGACUGAGGAAGAAUAGUUAUACAUGUACUGACAGGAGGAUCAGUGAUCACAACCAUCACCUACCGAGGGAGGAAACUGCAGAUGUGAAUGCCAAUUUGUCCUUUCUGGAGGAACUGGCAUCUGGCGUGGAGCCACUUCCCGUGGAACCUGCCGCCCCUGCGUUGCUACGAAAUAGCACACACAAUUAUCGACAGUCCCUUCCAGGUGCAUUUGCACAAAUGCCAGGUGUGGCUUUUUCACAGCAGCCUAAUACUCAUACCGGUAGUGCAGAGCACCAUGAUGAUGAUGAUCAUCAUCGGAAUAGUACCUGCAACACCACCGUGGAAACGGCCUCUGCCACCACCGAAGGAUUGGUGCAAGCACGACAAGUCACAGACGAUGAACUGGAAUCAUCCUCACAAUUACAACAAGCAAGAGCUGUCACAGCCCGGCAACUCAAGCUACAACAGAAACAUAGACAGCAGCAAUCUUCUUAUUGGCAGAACAAACCAGCAUGUGGCAUUCUCUCUGUUGUUCUGGCCGGUGUCGUCGUGGCCAUUUUGCUGGGGGUAGGUUUGGCUGCUUUUCUUGGAAACGAUAUUGUGGGAACCAUCCCCAGUCACCUGGGCUUGUUUCCCGUUUUGGCAGAUCUUCGCCUUCACAACAACCCACAUCUCUCAGGUUCAUUGCCAACAGAGCUCGGAAUGCUGACAAGAAUGAUGCAGCUGGACUUGUCCAAUCUACCGUUGCUCACCGGAACCAUCCCAUCAGAACUAGCGCUCUUGACGGCAAACUUGAGCUACCUGAAUUUCACAGGCAGCCAUGGAUUGUCAGGGCCCAUCUCCAGUGAGCUCUGUUCUUUGCUAAACAAGAACUGCAGCUACAAACCACUACCCUGGGAUCCCGGGUAUGAGCUGCCAUGUGCACUCGAGUUUGAUUGCAGACCAACAGAAGGCCUCUGUGGCUGUGACUGCCCCUGUUCCGACAAUACGCUCUAG